AUGGACAGAAACGGACCACGCCGAUUCCAGGCCUGGACCGACUCCAACCAGUCGACGCGGAGAAACUCGACAGCAACCCAGCGCUCGCGCGAAUACCCUCCCCUCGACAUGCCCCCCGACGAGAAGCACCCCAAGGGCCUCGGCUACAACACCACGUCGACGCCCGUCCUCGAGUCCCAGCGCCCCGCCCCCCCGGCCCCCGAGGUCGACAUCUUCGACCCCAACCGGCCCAAGCUGCCCUUCCGCCAGCGCCUCCACCACUUCACAUGGGCGUGGUACACGCUGCCCAUGAGCGCGGGCGGUCUCUCGCUGCUCGUCUUCGCCCAGCCCAACCAGUUCCCCGGCCUCAAGUCCAUCGGCCUCGUCGUCUACAUCAUCAACAUCAUCGUCUUCAGCACCAUCACCAUCCUCAUGCUGACCCGCUUCUUCCUCCACCCCGGCGACAUGACCAGCUCGCUCAGGCACCCUCGCGAGGGCUUCUUCUUUCCCACCUUUUUCCUGUCCGUCGCCACAAUCAUCACCAGCACAGAGCGCUACGCCAUUCCCAAAAACGACACGGCCCUCGUCUGGGCCAUCCAGGGCGCCUUCUGGGCCUACCUCACCCUCACCCUCAUCCUGGCCAUUGGCCAGUACAGCUUCGUCUUUGCCGCCCACAGCUUCGGCCUGCAGACCAUGAUGCCCACGUGGAUUCUGCCCAUCUUCCCCAUCAUGCUGUCGGGCACCAUUGCCUCGGUCAUCGCCGACACCCAGCCCGACAUUGCCGCCAUACCCAUUCUCAUCGCCGGCUUGACCUGCCAGGGCCUCGGCUUCUCCGUGGCCGUCCUCAUGUACGCCCACAUGGUCGGCCGUCUCAUGCAGUCGGGCCUCCCCAACCGCGAGCACCGCCCCGGUCUCUUCAUGUGCGUCGGGCCUCCUGCAUUUACCGCCCUCGCCGUCAUCGGCAUGGCCAACGGCCUGCCCAAGCCCGCCGCCGCCGUUGCCGGCUCCCUGUUCCUCGACGUCGGCGUCAUCAAAACCAUUGCCGUCAUUGUCGCCGUCUUCCUCUGGGCCCUGAGCUUCUGGUGGUUCGGCAUCGCCCUCGUCGCCGUCAUCCAGUCACCCCCCAGGUACUUUCACCUCGGCUGGUGGGCCAUGGUCUUCCCCAACACCGGCUUCACCCUGGCCACCAUUUCCAUUGCCAAAGAGAUUGGCACCCCGGCCCUGUUGUGGGUGACGACAGGCAUGAGCAUCGUGAUGCUGCUGAUCUUCAGCUUUGUGCUCUACCACCACAUCCGGGCCGUCAUUGUCCAAGACAUCAUGUAUCCCGGACGCGAUGAGGACGUCGAGGAUCACUAA